GCCGCCUCCUCGGAUACCCAGCCUAUCACCAAACUUUCCAGGUGCCAGCUUGGCUCUGAGUCGCGUUUUUGAGCGGAGUGUCCCAGGGACGGAGGACCCAGGCUGGCUGCGGAAUAUCUGCUUCUCUCCGGAUCAGCGAAGAGUACUUUCCUUGGAAUCGGAGCCCUAACUGCCCCUCCCCAAUCCUAUCCGGUGAAGAACUAAGCGCGGAGGGAGGCAGCGCCUUCCCAAAACAGUUUAUCUUGGGCCGGAUUUCUUGAAGAGAAAACGAACCAACAGGUUGCCAGCCCCGGCGCCACAAACAAGUCGGUGGAGAGGGAAGCUCCGGCCCGGUUUCCCCUGCCUGCUUCGGCCCGCGCGGGCUGUGCGAGGCAAGGGGAGGGAGGGGGCUAUGGCUCGGCCUGACCCGUGUGCGCCGCCCUCGUUGCUGCUGCUCCUCCUGGCCCAGCUUGCAGGCCGGGCGGUGGCCGCCUCCAAGGCCCCUGUGUGCCAGGAAAUCACGGUACCCAUGUGCCGCGGCAUAGGCUACAACCUGACGCACAUGCCCAACCAGUUCAACCACGACACGCAGGACGAAGCGGGCCUGGAGGUGCACCAGUUCUGGCCGCUGGUGGAGAUCCACUGCUCUCCGGACCUGCUCUUCUUCCUGUGCUCCAUGUACACGCCCAUCUGCCUGCCGGACUAUCACAAGCCCCUGCCACCCUGCCGCUCUGUGUGCGAGCGCGCCAAAGCUGGCUGUUCGCCACUUAUGCGCCAGUACGGCUUCGCCUGGCCGGAGCGCAUGAGCUGCGACCGCCUACCCGUGCUGGGGCGCGACGCCGAGGUCCUGUGCAUGGAUUACAACCGCAGCGAGGCCACCACGGUGCCCCCUAGGCUCUUCCCCGCCAAGCCCACCCACCCAGGCCCGCCAGGGGCCCCAUCCUCUGGAGGGGAGUGCACCGCUGGGGGCCAAUCGGUGUGCAAGUGCCGUGAGCCCUUUGUGCCAAUCUUGAAAGAGUCACACCCGCUCUACAACAAGGUGAGGACGGGCCAGGUACCCAACUGCGCAGUUCCCUGCUACCAGCCCUCCUUCAGCCCUGACGAGCGCACGUUCGCCACCUUCUGGAUCGGCCUGUGGUCUGUGCUGUGCUUCAUCUCUACCUCCACCACGGUCGCCACCUUCCUGAUAGACAUGGAACGCUUCCGCUACCCCGAACGCCCCAUCAUCUUCCUGUCAGCUUGCUACUUGUGCGUGUCUUUGGGCUUCCUGGUGCGCCUGGUCGUGGGCCAUGCUAGUGUCGCCUGCAGCCGUGAGCACAGCCACAUUCACUACGAGACGACAGGCCCUGCACUGUGCACUGUGGUCUUCCUGCUGGUCUACUUCUUCGGCAUGGCCAGCUCCAUCUGGUGGGUCAUCCUGUCACUCACCUGGUUCCUGGCGGCUGGCAUGAAGUGGGGCAAUGAGGCCAUUGCUGGCUAUGCGCAGUACUUCCACCUGGCCGCAUGGCUCAUCCCCAGUGUCAAGUCCAUCACCGCGCUGGCGCUGAGUUCUGUGGAUGGGGAUCCAGUGGCUGGCAUCUGCUACGUGGGCAACCAGAACCUGAACUCACUGCGUGGCUUCGUGCUGGGCCCUCUGGUGCUCUACUUGCUGGUGGGCACACUCUUCCUCCUGGCAGGCUUCGUGUCACUCUUCCGCAUCCGUAGUGUCAUCAAGCAGGGCGGCACCAAGACAGACAAGCUGGAGAAGCUCAUGAUCCGAAUCGGCAUCUUCACGCUGCUUUACACAGUGCCCGCCAGCAUUGUGGUGGCCUGCUACCUGUAUGAACAGCACUAUCGCGAGAGUUGGGAGGCUGCGCUCACCUGCGCGUGCCCAGGGCAGGACGCCGGCCAGCCACGAGCCAAGCCAGAGUACUGGGUGCUCAUGCUCAAGUACUUCAUGUGCCUCGUGGUGGGCAUCACGUCUGGCGUCUGGAUUUGGUCCAGCAAGACUGUGGAGUCAUGGCGGCGAUUCACCAGUCGCUGCUGCUGCCGCCGGCGACGGGGCCACAAGAGUGGUGGCACCACGGCUGCCCGGGACUAUGCCGAGGCAAGCGCAGCGCUCACAGGCAGGACCGGGCCACCAGGCCCCGCCGCAGCUGCCUACCACAAGCAGGUGUCCCUGUCGCAUGUAUAGGAGGCCUCAGCCCUGGAGUGCGGGAGGGGGGUUGUUUUGUUUGGUCGCUUUGCCAAGGUCACUUCCGUUUACUUCCCUGGUGCUGAUGCCCCCUCCUGGGGCAAGUUGGAGAGAGGGGAAAGGGCCCUUUCAAGGGUGUAGCUGUCCCAGGACUUCUCAGAGGGGCUCAGCUCACGUGUAUUCUAUUUGCGUUUCUUACUGCGUUCUUUAAGGGAACCCUAUUUCUAAUUUAUAUGUAUUUUUCUUAAUUUUUAACUUUGUUGCAUUUUUAGCAACAACAUUUACUUUUGCUUUGGGGGCUUUACAAUCCUAAGGUUGGCAUUAUAAUGAAGUUCCACUUAGUUCAGGUUUCUUUGAACUGUAUGGUCUGAAUUGGAAAAAUAUAUUUCCUAUAUUUGUGUCUGUUAAAGAAAAAUGUGAACAGUGAAAGUUUGGGUUAUUGCGACUGAGAAGUUUACCAGCGUUCUUUCUCAGCUUGUUUUCUCCUUCCACUGCUUAAAGUGUCCAAGAUCUUUUAAGGUGAGCUGCUUGUCCCUGCUUAUGAAACUCCGGGUCAUCCCAAGGACAGUGUAAUGUGGUUAGGGCCUCCCCGAAGUGACAAGGUUAGGGAGUGUUUAGGGAUUUGGGGUCCAAGCUAGCUUUGUUUAGUGAGCUUCGGUUUCUUUUCUGUAGAACUUGUAACCAUUCUCAUUCUCAACAGUGCCAGCAUUUGGAAUAAGUUAGAGGUAGCAGUAUGGUGCCAGGUAUAAAUAUUUGGAGCAGUGAAGACCUAAGGGAUGGGCAUUGGUUGAGCCUGAAUUCUAGAUUGCUGCGAUGUCAGCUCUGUGCCAGAGGAGUGGGUGGUUCUUCACAGGCUUCAGUGAUCCCAAGUUUUUUACAGAAUAACCUGUGUUGUAAUUUUUGGUAAAAGUAAACCCACUCCCUUCUUCUGGAACUACUUAGCGAUAAUCGCUAAAGGGGGCUGCUUUGUAGAUUUAAGGACUGAAAUGGGUAUAGCUCUAUUAAUUAAGUCAAUUCCCAACGUUUACCUGCUCCACCAGCACCCCACCUCCUUUAUCAUGUUAAACAGUCUUUCUUGCUUUUCUUACUCCUCCUCCUGGAGAGCUGUGAUUAGAAACCACACCCACCCUUGAAUGAGGUGCUUGAACUGGGGGAGGGAAGCUGGCUACCUGUGAACAAACAUUGGCAGCAGUGAGAGAAAAUAAGUGUCCCUGGACUUUGGACUAGAGUAUAGCCAGAUAUGUAUUCCAAAAGCGGCAAGACAUUGCUCUCUGCACCUCUGAAAACAAAUGAGACCCAUAAUACACUUGCAUUAGUUUUUAAAAUGUUUUCCCCACCCCCACCUCAGUAUAUUUUUCUCCCCCUUUUUCCUGAGAAAGCCUAUGUAUUGAUAUGUGCACACACAUACACACGUUUCUUUACUAUUAGAAAAUCCUGUUUGCUCUCCUAAUCUGUUUAACCGUUCAUUCAUGAAGAGUGCUAGGCCAGGGCUGAGGAACGGGGUGGCAGUGCAUUGGCCAGCAAGAGACCGAGGACCAGGGUUAAGCGGAGACUAGAUUUAGGAAGCUAAAAUGGCAAAAGCAAUUAAAAUUUGAGAAUGCCUCCCUAAGGAAACAAGUCUAGGGAAUUUGUGCUUCAUUUAUACCAAAGCUGGAAAAGUAAAAUUUAAGCCCAGUUUAAUUUUUACUUCAUGUAUAUUAAGGAAACCAAUGAAUACAUAGUUCCCAUAGUGAAUUUAAAUAUUUUACAGGGUGAGAGUGGGGAGCCUGGCAUUAUCGUUUUAAGGAGUCUCAAAAGCUGUUCAGUGAUAAAAACAUACUGCUCUUACACACUCAUCCUCUGAAUCAAUGGAAAUUUCAUUGGAUUUGACAAAACCUAGUACACACAGCAUAGAAAACUUCUUGCACAUCUUAUUUCACUAUUUACUCAGAAGUGUCUUUGAACCUUGAUAUAGUUCCCCUGUCUGAGAGCUGCUCCCUCUCCUAUUUUUCAAAUGGGGACCUUUUCUGCUCACCUUGGCCUCUUCCCUCCUCUAGUGUAUCUUCCCAGAUAGAACACGGCUUCUGCUGCCUUCAGUGGUGCCCACUCUGCACCGUCCCCCCACCCCCGCCCUGCUGUCUUUUUCUUUGUGCAGGAAUCUGGAAAUGGUGCAUAGUGUAUCUAAAAGUUGUGGGAUGAGUGGGUGAAAAUAAUUCUUCAUUUAAAAAACUUUUUUUUUUUUCAUUUUGGCCACAUGCCAAACCUUAAAAAGAACAACCAAUUUACUUUAAAAAAUAAGACAGUUAACACAAAGGACACUAGGCCAAGGAAAGGCACUAUAGGUACUGCUUUCGGGGGUUUACUUUGAGAGCCGCCUCUUUGUUUGCAGUCUCCAGUUUCCACCCUCCUGUUCCCUCCAGGAUAAAGCCCACCUGCUUCCCUGAAGUCUCACUAAUAGCCACCACCCCACCCCCUUCACCGGGGAGAGAGGCCACAGCUAUUGCUGGUCACCCCCCAUUUUCAUCCCACAUACUAUUCCCCUCCCCUGGGUUUGCAUUUCUUAUUAGACAGUCCGUACUCAUGAAAACAGUUAUGAAGGGGGAGGCUGUGGGGUGGGUUAGCAGUUUCUUCGCAGCCAGCUUGAUGAGGUUGGACGGGAUUUGGGGCUCCGUCUGGCCUCAGUGUGCAGCACCGGGGCUGUUCCUUCCACAGUUCCAUUUUAAGUAAUGCCUUACUUCAUAGAUUAGGAGUGAAGAUUUCAGAAGGUUGUCUGAAGGAACUAGUGAGACCUCUCCGUGAAUCAGUUGACAUGACCUUAGGAAGUGCUUUUGAUUUAUAUUAUUUCCCUCCUCACAUUUUGAAGUUGUCUAAAUUGGCUGAAAAUUAUUUUUCUUGGUGCCUUAUUGGUUUACCCUUGGAAACCUUUGUCAUAUUUUCACCUGACCACUUCCAGUGACGGGCCUGUGUGUGUUGUGUGUAAUUGUGCGCAUGUACAAGCUUAAAUAAUGUGCCGACAGCACUGUUUCUAAGUUGGUCUUCAUUAGGCUGUUUCCUCCUGGGCCAGGGCUGCACUAAUCCUGACACCGGCUGCCAGGAGAAAACCUCAUGGAUCCCACACCGAACCUUAAUAACAGCAUCCGUGACCUGCACUGUCAAGUACAGAAUGGGACCCCCAGAGCUAGGAAAUGUAGUUGUAUAUUUUAAUGAACUGCUACCCCUGCUAAAGAGGCUUCUUUCACUUUUGUGCUCUACAGAAAGACCAAGGGGGGUAGAAGGGACAAAGCUUUGAAUAACUGCUUUCUAACACCGAAUGUGGCAAACAGGACAGAGCACAUCACAAAUCUAGGCAGGUGGAAGGUACAGCGGCUGAGAUUUGCCUGCUCCCUCUGCAUGCCCUUUCUUGCCUCCAAAGACCAGUCGAGAGAUCUUGGGGGGAAAAAUGCGCCUGAGUUGGGGUGGGUGGUUCUGAAAGAAAAAGCUACCAAGUACAUUAAAGCAGGGCGAGGGCUGGGCAGGUUGUCCGUCACCAAGUAACCUGAUUCAGAACUGGCAAAGCUUAGCAGGUUGAUGACAAUUACAGGGUUGAUUUCAGCCAGGAUACUGUCUGUGGCACAUCAUUUUAUGACAAUAUUGCUUCAUGUUGUUACAAACUGUCUGUAUAGUAUGUAUGUGAUGUGGGUUUGUAUAUACAUAAUAUAUAUUAUAUAUAUGAGAGAUUUAGUGACUUUUGAUACGGGUUUGGUGCAGGUGAAUUUAUUACUGAGCCAAAUGAGGCACAUACCGAGUCAGUAGUUCGAGUCCAGGGCAUUUAAUACUUUUUAUGAUUUCCAUAUAUGUAUAGUGCCUAUCUCAUACAGUGUCUUCACAAAGAUAUCCCCAGAACUCAUGAAUCAGAGCCAGCAAUAUUUUAUUUGUAGACAAUCAACUUGAAUCUAUAAAUUAUUACUGGCAGAUGAUUAUAAUACAGAAUCCAUAACACUAACAAAUGGAAACCCAGAGCAUCUUGAGAAGUUUUUCUUUUGUUCCUGGAAGUCAGUAGAACAGCUGUGUAUGUGGUUAUGUUAGUCUCAUAAUAAUUUGCUGACCUUAUUAUUUCAGAAAAAAUUUGUAUGUAUUAUAUUUGUGGGAGGUAAAAUAAUGCUUUGAGAUUUUUAUCAAAUAUGGAGAGUAGUUAUUUAUGAAAAAAAAAACAAAGAAAUGUCUAUUUUUGUUUCUUUGUUCCCAACUAAUGUAGAUAAAUUUUAAAGUACAUUAAAGCAAUGGCAAAGAAAUAAGA